GACUUGAAGGCUAUGGGUUUGGUUCACUGGACUCCGGUUGGUGCCUUGGAAGGGGUUAUGGAGCUCGUUCAUGUUGGUACUGGAUUGCCUUGGUGGGGUACAAUCGCGGCUGUGACCAUUGGUCUCCGUUUUGCGCUCUUCCCGCUCUUUGUCUUUGUGGCACGUCAUACUGGGAAGCUCGCUGCAAUUAAACCUAAGCAGGAAGCACUCACCAAUAAGCUCAAGAGGGCUAAGGCUGAAGGCGACAUGGUCAGGCAACAGGAGGCUUCGGUGGCCCUUCAGACUCUGUUCAAGAAUAACGGGGCCAACCCUUUCUCUUCUCUGCUUUUGCCGGCAUUGCAGGUCCCCAUCAUGAUGUCCUUCUUCCUCGCUUUGAGGGCCAUGGCUAACCUCCCUGUGCCUGGAUUCCAGACUGGCGGUACACAAUGGUUCCUUGACUUGACUGCUGCCGACCCAUAUGUCGCCCUUCCAUGUAUCUCUGCGGCGAUUACUAUCGGCUCCCUUCGUAUGGGUCCUGAGGUUGGACACAGUACGUCCACUAAGACCAUGAGCAACGUCUUUCAGUUGCUUGCCGUCUUGGUUAUUCCGUUCGUUGCAAAUCUCCCCGCCGCUGUCUUUGCUUUCUGGAUUCCCAAUGCUGCCUUCGGUUUCUGUCAGGCAGGCCUUUUGCGCAAUCCUAAUGUGCGCAAGAAGUUGUGUAUCCCC